AUGUAUGCGUUUGUGACGGAGUGUCUGGUUCAAGGAAGUGAUCUGAAGUUUUUCAUGACCACGGCGUCACGUGACGUGAUCUCAGAAUACUGCCGGUCCUGGGGUUAUGAGAGGAGUGAGGGAGAGAGAUGUCUGUAUAUACCGGAGAGACCGGAUGGGAUGUACGACCUCUUCAUAGAGAAACUACAGCUGGAUAUCAUCAUACAUUGUACUAUGUCUGAUAAGAAUAUCCAUAAUCAGAUCAAAAGUUAUUUAAAAAUACCCGAAGAGGUAAUGAAAUGGGACAUAGAUGCAAGGAAAAGGUUUGUCGAAAUUUCCAAGCAAGGAAGUAAGAACAUGUGCAGAGCUAGAGGUAUGAUUGUGGGCUGUGCAGGCGCAGGUAAAACAACUCUUCUUAGACAGCUUCAAAGAACACAAAAAAGCGACUGUCCAAGUUCAACUGAGACAACCAUUGGUCUUGAAAUCCACGAAGAUCUGUUUGAAGUAAAAGAUGACACCUUAAUAGACUUGAAUUCCAAAACGGAAAACAAGGAAGAUGGAAGUCAAGACAAACAGAUCAUAAGCAUGACGGACUUCGCUGGUCAAGUAGCGUAUUACGCCUGUCAUCAGAUUUACCUCUCAAGAAGAGCGUUUUAUCUGGUUGUUAUGGACAUGUCUAAAAGACUUGAUGAAGUAGUUCACACACAAGAUACUGAUCGACACUACCCAAAAGGAUCUUUAUUUCAUGGCUGGGCUUACAAAGAUUAUUUCUUGUUCUGGCUGCGAUCAAUAAAAACGUAUUGUGAGGACAGAAACAGACAGGAAGCUAUAAACAGUCCAGUUAUCAUUAUUGCCUCUCAUCAUGACUGUGUAAAAGAGAAACAACAGAUAGACAGUGCUAAUUCAUUUUAUAACAAAUUCGAGAAGUGCUUACCAGAAGAACAAACAUUGAAAGGUCUUAUUUCGAAAACACGUUACUAUGAAGUAGAAUGUCCUGAGAAAAUAAAUUUAAAUGAACAUCAAGCAGAAAUGAUAGAAAAUGUCAGAAAAUGUAUUGUUCGUACUGCACAAAACCUAUCUCACUGGGGUGAAAAAAUACCAAUAAAAUGGACAAUGUUUGAGCACUUACUAAGAGAGAACAAGAGGAAGACGAUGAAAAUCCUAAGCAGAAACGAACUACAUAGAAAGAAGGAAUUCAAAUCUUUAGACGAAUUUGAGAUAUCUGACAUGCUUAGAUAUUUUAAAGAGAUAGGUCUUAUUAUUUAUUUUGCAGAAGAAGGUCUAAAGGAAAAUAUUAUCAUAGACGUUCAGUGGUUUGUAGAUGCAUUUAAAAAUAUCAUAACUGAUCCGACUCAUGUUGAACCCUUUUGCGAAAGGGUCAAGGAAUGGGAGAUCUUCAUGAAAACUGGCAGGAUUUCUGAUCAAACACUUGUAAAAAUAUGGGGCGAAAAUUCUUUCUAUGUUAGUACGAAAGACAUAAUUAUACCCUAUAUGGAAAAACUUGGCAUUCUUGCUAUAGUCCGAAAAGAAGAGGAUGCUAGAAAGAAGCUUGGAGCAAUGAAAAUGAGACCUGUUUACUACAUUCCUAGCAUCAAUAAAACCGACUAUACGAAAAAAUGCAGGGAGAUUACUGUACAUGUCAACAAAACUCCGGUUUUAGCAUUUUCUUUCAAAACGUACAUCCCACAUUUCUUUUUCUUCAGACUUGUAGCUUUGUGCUUCUCUGUGUGGGAUCCAUUACGUGAAGACCUACUCUGCAAAAACGUUGCAUUUUACAAAGAUAAAGGUGGUGACCGAAACAUUGCUAUCGGAGUAAACAAAACGUCUAUUCAGUUGCAAGUGUUUACCCCGGAUAAAACAAUCCAGCUUACACAUGACAAAACUAAAGAAAUCAGGGCAACCAUCGAAAAAAUGAUAAAUGAAAUAACAUGCACAUUCCAUCACCACGUCCUCUAUGAAGUUGGAUACCCGUGUAAAGAUAUCGAUAUCACUGAUGAAGAUGAAGAUUGCUUCUUAAGUGAGAGAGAAGUUGCACAACUGUCAACCAACAAAAGAAUUUGCCCAAACAAUUUGUCCCGCAAAAAUCAUGAGAAUCACGAAAUAGUUCGUGAUGAUCUGUUGUAUUAUUGGUACACAGUAAGUAAUUUACACAAUAAAGUUAAAAAAAAAAUUUCGAAAUUUUAA